UGUGUGUACUUGCUGAGGGUUACAAGCUCUACAUCCCGAUUGGCACCCGGAUCACACAGGCAAACUUCCUGGGCGAAAUGGUGAAAAUCAGUGUUGUCAAGACUAACGCGUACAGCGACCAAAAGCCAGGAACAAGCGGCUUGAGAAAGAGGGUGACUGUGUUCCAGCAAAACCCGCAUUAUGCCGAGAACUUCAUCCAGAGCAUUAUUUCUGCCAUCGAGCCCUCUCAGAGACUGGAGGGCACUCUGGUGGUGGGAGGGGACGGUCGAUAUUUCAUGAAAGAUGCCAUUCAGCUGAUCGUCCAGAUUGCUGCGGCCAAUGGGAUUGGCCGAUUGGUUAUCGGUCAGAAUGGGAUCAUGUCUACGCCUGCAGUGUCCUGUGUAAUCCGCAAAUUAAAAGCCGUCGGAGGAAUUAUUCUAACAGCCAGUCACAAUCCUGGUGGUCCCAAUGGGGACUUUGGCAUCAAGUACAACAUCUCCAGUGGAGGACCUGCACCAGAGGGCAUUACUAAUAAAAUCUUUGAGAUCAGCAAAAGCCUCCAAGAGUACCACAUCUGCCCAGAGCUCAAGGUGGAUUUGUCUGCUAUUAGCAAACAGACAUUUGAAGUGGACACGUUCAAGUCAUUCACAGUGGAGAUUGUGGACUCAGUGGAGUCAUAUGCAGAGAUGCUCAGGGACAUCUUUGACUUUGCUGCUUUGAAGGACUUACUCUCUGGACCUAAUCACGUCAAUGUCCGGUUAGAUGCAAUGCAUGGAGUGGUGGGCCCCUAUGUGAAGAAGAUUGUGUGUGAGGAGUUGGGCUCUCCCGCCAACUCGGCUGUUAACUGUGUGCCCUCUGAGGACUUUGGGGGUCACCACCCAGACCCUAACUUGACCUAUGCUGCUGACCUGGUCAAAACAAUGAAGGGGGGCGAAUAUGACUUUGGAGCAGCUUUUGAUGGUGAUGGUGAUCGUAACAUGAUUCUUGGUAAGCAUGGAUUCUUCGUAAACCCUUCGGACUCUGUAGCAGUGAUUGGAGCCAACAUCACCUGCAUUCCAUACUUCCAGAAAACUGGUGUUAAAGGUCUGGCACGCAGCAUGCCCACCAGUGGUGCCCUAGACAAUGUGGCCAAAGCUUUGAAGAUGCAGCUGUAUGAAACACCCACAGGCUGGAAGUUCUUUGGGAACCUGAUGGAUGCUGGCAAGCUAUCUCUGUGUGGGGAAGAGAGCUUUGGCACUGGGUCUGAUCAUAUCCGGGAGAAAGAUGGCCUCUGGGCUGUGCUCGCUUGGCUGUCUAUUGUGGCCAGCCGUAAGCAGAGUGUGGAGGACAUCUUGAAAGAACAUUGGCAGAAGUUUGGUAGGAACUUCUUCACAAGAUAUGAUUAUGAGGAGGUCGACUCAGACGCUGCUAAUAAGAUGAUUGCCGACCUGCAGCAGACCAUGUUUGAUAAAGCCUUUGUUGGGCAGAAGUUCUCCUCAGGGGAUAAAACAUACGAGGUGGAGAAAGCUGAUGACUUUGAAUAUACAGACCCAGUGGAUGGCAGUGUCUCAAAGAGACAGGGACUGAGGAUCAUCUUUACUGAUGGUUCACGAAUCAUCUUCCGUCUCAGUGGGACAGGCAGCGCUGGUGCAACCAUCAGACUUUACAUAGACAGCUAUGAGAAGGAUCCUCAGAAGAUCUAUCAGGACCCACAGGUCAUGCUAGCGCCGUUGGUGGACAUUGCCCUGAGGAUCUCGAAGCUCCAAGAGAAGACCGGCCGUACAGGCCCUACCGUGAUCACAUAAUCAUUUUACAUGCCUAGUUCACCUCCUGGGACUAGCUCACACCUCAUUUCAUAUCAGCUAGCAAUACCUUGCCCCAUGUCCAUUACCCAUAUGCCCCAGCCUAAACAUGUUUAACAUUUCCACAAGUGUUGUGCCAGUGCAAUAAAGUUUUAUUUACUGUGACUACAUGGAGAGAAAAAACCCCGUUAGACCACAGUAUUAUGCACGUGGAGUAGUCUGUACAUGUGUAACAAUAGUUGAAAGUCCCAAUAAAAGCUAUCCAUUUUG